GCGACUUUCCAACUCCAGCGUUUUUAACGGCCAACCACAACCAAGGCGGCUUUACCCGACCCUUCUUUUUUUAUUAUUGGAAACGGGAUAUACGUCGCUUUAUACUAGCAAUUUUUUUUAAACGCGUUAUUAGCGUUUUAUUAUCGUAGACUGGGAAGGGUUUUUAUUGCAAAAGGGGGCAUAACGGGCAUCUGGUCAUUUUCUUUCUAAACCGUUUCGCCGUCGUCCUGCUUUGGGAGGCUGGCGAUCUGUUGUGCCUCCCUCUCGUCAGUUAGUGGGCACAUGCGGUAAUGGAAGGGAACGCUGUCUUUACUCAUCCGACGCAACCUCAGUCACGCCCACAGCAACGUCAGUUUGGAGCGCAAUCGGCAGGACCAGGACAGCAGGUCCAGAUCCCAUUUGGAAAUGCACCCGGCACCAACAUGCUUGGAAGCAACGCGGUUCAUCAAAACAUGUAUGCCGGCAACAUGCUCGCCUUUCAAGGCAUUCCAUUGCAGAAACCACAACAACAGCAACAGCAACAACAACAAGCUUUUGCUGGUGGCGCCCAGCAGGCCAACUUUUUCGUGCCGGGCAUGAACCAAGUUGCUGGAAUACCAAACGGCGGCAUCAAUCCUUUUGCAAAUCAGCUGGGCGCAAACUAUGCGGGAAUGAAUGGCUUUCCCGUAGUGCAGAAUCCCUACGGACUGGACAUGUCGACAAUUAACCAAACGGCAUUGAUUCAACAACAGCAACAACAGCAAAUUCAGCAGCAGCAGCACCAAUUACAACAACAACAACAAGCGCAACAACAACAGCAGCAGCAGCAGCAGCAGCAGCAGCAAGAUCAGUCUCAACAGCAGCCCCCAUCACAGCCGCAGCAAAGUCACCUUCAAUCACAGUCUCAGCCAGGGCAGCAACAACCGCAACAACAGCAACAGCAGCAACAACAGCAGCGGUAUGGAGUGGUUUCAGGAGGAGCGUUUGUGAGACCGCAAAUGACCCCGGCAGUGCAAGCAAAUGCGUAUCCGCAGGCUGGUAACGUUCAGGCGCAAACCCAGUACUUGUCGAAUGCAAUGGGAGCGGCUACCGGAUUUGUUGGAAUGCCCACUGCGGGCAAUUGGGCGGCACUGGGACAGAUGAAGACGGCGGAUGGAUACCGAUGGCCACAGGCAUCAGGCGCAAGCGGUGCAACUCAGAUGGCCAUUCCUGCCCAGGCAAAUAUGAACGCAUCGCUUGCUCCUGUAUCGGGUGCUGGUUUUCAAGCGUCUUUGACCCCGGCCGCCAGCGCUGCGAAUUCGUUGAACCCAAAUAUGGCGUCGUCACAACAGCAGAUGCUAGCACAGUACGCUUUGAUGGGAGGUCAAGGGCAGAUUGCGAUACCUGCUGGUAUGCAGCAAAAUAUGCAUCCUCAGUUUUUGCAGCAGCAGUAUCAACAGCUGGCCCAGCAGCGGUUCCAGUCUCUCAUGCCACAAAACGCUGUUCAUGGACAGCAAAAGCCACAAGCUACUGGACAGUCACCUGCACAGCCGAAUGCUCAAUGGAACCAGCAGGUCAAUGCACCUCAACAAUUUCAGUUAAUGCCACCAGCUGCGAAGCGAGCAAGAAAGGGGCCUGGACCGGAUGGCAUGCAAAGCCAGCAACAAUCUCCGACACAGCAACAUCCACCCGCCUCUCUUCAAUCGUCACCACAGCAGGCAAAGGCUACUCAGCAACAAACAAGCGAUACCCAACCAUCACCGCAGCCUUCGGUCACCACACCAAAUAUGCCUGCUCAACCGCACCCUUCCUCUCAGCCGCAAGCGCCUGCAGGCUUCCAACAGUAUAUUCAAAAAGUACAUCAACAGUCGAAGCAUCAACUCCAAAACUCAAUUCAGGCCCAAAUACAAGUAAAUCGGCAGGCGGAAGCACAGCGGCAACAGGCCCAUCUCCAGCAGUUGCAGCAAAUGCAGCAGGCCCAACAACAUGCACAGCAGCAGUUGCACCAACAGCUACAUCAGCACAAGAUGGGACAACAGUCUAGCGUCUCUCAGCAGAUGCAGCAGCAACCGCAUGCAACGCCACAAACGGCACAGAUGCUUUCACAGCAGAUAACGAACCUUCAGCAGGCGGCAGACCAACAGCGCACUCAUCACGAUGCGGGGGAGCAGCUUAAACGUCAACAGCAACAGCAGCAACAACAGCAUCAGCAGCAGCAGCAGCAGCAACAACAGCAGCAACAGCAACAGCAACAGCAGCAACAACAGCAGCAACAACAACAACACCAGCAUCAACAACAGGGUCCAGUAACACCUUCACCUAGACUGCCUGCCAAUCAAACCACUCCUCACAUGCCGAACCAUCCGCAAAUAUCUACCCAGCAGCAACAACAACACCAGCAAGCACCACAACAGCAACAGCCGCCGCCGCAACAGCAGCAACAGCAGCAGAUGCCACAGGUCCAAUGGGCUCAAACUUACUACCCCACUCCGGGUCAUCGCGCGAGUCUGAACGGACCGCAGAUACAUUCGAGCCAGCCGCCUACGAGUAUAGUCACCGCGGUGGGGAUGCAAGGUGUUCCUGGUACACAAAAGAGCGCGCCAAGUCCGCGAGUCUCUUUCGGACAAGGUCAAGGUGGAACUACUUCGACAGCGGUGUUUGGGGAACAGGCUUUGCAGCAGCAGAUGCAGAAAGCUAUGCCGCAAACUAUGCAACAUCAGCAGGCGAUUAUGCAGCAACAGCAACAGCAGGCAUUUCAGCAACAAGCUCUUCAACAGCAGGCCCUCCAUCAACAGGCUCUUCAACAGCAGCAAGCGAUGCAGCAACACAUGCAGCACCAGCGCCAACAAUCCUUCAGCAUGAACAAUGUGAACGGGCCUGGAAACAUGACGACACAAGCGCCUGCCAACCCACCAGCAACGCCACAACAAGCGCAUGCCGGACUAAGGGCCCCAACUACGCCAAAAGAAACACCGCAGCAAACAAGAAUGCUGCGUCCCAACCCGGAGCUGUGGAUGACACAGUAUAAGGAUUUUAUGAAGACUAUCAACACACCUUUUACUCGGAUUCCAUCCGUUGGGGGCAAGCAGCUGGACAUGUUCAACCUGUUUUAUCAUGUUGUGGAACUCGGAGGAUUUGACAAGGUUUCUGCUGGAAAACGAUGGCGGCAUGUUGCAGAUCUCCUGGGACUCAAAUCGUAUAGCGCCGCAGCGUCGGCGCUGAAAAAGAACUAUUCGACUCUUUUGUAUCAGUUUGAACGACGGCUGUAUCCCCACUUGGCUGGGUUAGGUGCUGCUCCAGUACAGCCGAGUGGUCAGAUGGCAAAUGGCGCGGGAGUGCAACGGCGACCCUCAAGUGGUAUUCCAAACAUGAAUGCCUCUCAGGCUGACUAUAUGCGAAACAAUCGGUUCCAACCGUAUAAUAUACCCCAGGGAUCUGGUCCGGGACGACCUGUGCAGGUGCCGGCAUCUGUUGCGCCUGUACCUUAUACCAACGUCCCGCCACCAGUAAUAGAAAAGCCCGCGCCCCCGCCUCCGCCGCCAAAGCCGGUUUUUAAGCCUGCUGUGCGCAAGGUCGAAUCUUACGGAGGGUUGGAUCUCAAGGGCAUUGUGCCCGACGUGUACCGACCAAUGAAGGAAUUGUUUGGAGGUAGGGUGGAUGGGCACCAUUUGGUGAUGGCCAUAAAGUCGAGGAUGGACAUUGAAGUCCGUUAUGCGCUGGACAUUUUGACGCUGGCUUCUGCUGACGAACGCGUACCAAUUUACCUGAUGGAAUGCACAGAUUUGCUGGAUGCGCUAUUGGGGUUGAUGGAGGAGUGUUUGGCGGCAACCGGUGCAACUAAAUUGAAGGAGUUUCGGUCGUAUUCCGAGUUAUUUCAGGAUGAGUGGGAGGGCUUCUUCAAAUUGCGACAUGAUGCGGAGGCAACUCUGGAUGAAUCUGAAAAGAUGGUUGACAGGGCAGUGUGUGUUGGGACCGUGCUGAGGAAUUUGUCUUUUCAUUUGGAGAAUCAGCGAUUCUUGGCGGAGCAUAGCAAGGUUCUUUCGUUGAUUGUCCAGAUGCUGUGCUUGGCUCCAGGAAAAGACAAUGUGGGACGCAUUGCCGCGUUGGAGCAUCGAAAGAAUGCUACCAUCAUGUUGUCAAAUAUCGGCGCCUUCGUACGUAUUCCAGAUCGAGAGGCUGGAGAACUAAUUCUGGACGUGCUCUCUGACUUUAUCGACGAGUCUGAUACGUAUUAUGCGUACCCCGCUCUGGAAGCACUAGCCAAAAUUACCCUCGUUGACGAUAAUGGGAGCAUUGUUGCUAAAGCAAAGCACUUGGAUCCGUUGGUGGAACGUAUCGUGCACAUGCUACCCUCGACUGGCCUCUCUGCCGACGCUACACCUGAAGAUUUGGCCACUUGGGAAAUGGCAUCCAUCGCUCUCUUUAACCUCUCCGCCACCGACGAUCGCAUACGCCGCAUCAUGGUCCGCACCCUCGGAUUCAUUCCCCUCAUGCUCCGCCUAUGCCGACCGCCCCUUGCCGAGCUUCACUUUCGAUUCGCGCGCCCAGGAAUGAACGUUCUUCCCACUCAAUCCAUUUCGCAGCGGUCCAUGCGGACACUGGCCGAACUGGCCAAGGAACGAAAGUGCCGAACCUGGCUCAUGGGUUACGAAAAAGAGUUUUUGGCCAUGGUGGCGGGUCGGGCGUAUGAUGACGAAGUGGAAAAGCUUGCGGCAGAGUGUUUGUGGGCUUUACAUGAGGAUAUCUGA